CCGGAUUCACACAGUUAAACAAGAAAACUCCCUUGUCUUGCUGUCUUCAGUAAUGUAACUAUUUUUAAUUAAUUAGCAUGUUUUAAGACCAAGUAAAAAGAUUCGUGCCUUUAUAACUGACAUGUUCAGGGUCGUCUGGUAGUUAAAGGAGUCUUUAUUUUUCUGUUAUGGACCCUCUCAACCAGGUCGAUGGCAUGCACCUCCAGCGAUCUCGUUCCUCAGUUUUAGAUCUGUCAGUUGGUUGCAGACAGAGGCCUUUAAAGACAAACUCUACAGAGGCUUUGGAUCUAGUCAAAAAGUCCAGCUGGUGUGGCAUUACUUCAGGGUGCAACAAUAAGUCCAUUAACUUAUCUGAAUCUCGGUCGGAUAGGUACAUUACAUGCAAUCCAAAUGCACCUGAUCACCCAGAACCAGCAUCACAACGUCAUGGGUCAAUGGCUUCCUCCCCUGAUAUUUACUCUUUACCUUUAACAGACAUUGAUGGACAGCAAUAUAUGUACCCACCCACAGACUGUGUGUUUGCAGAUGAUGAUUGCCGUGUGGAAACGGAUCACGUGUUGACGCAAGCCAAAGCACUUUGCAGGAAAGCAGAUUCCAUUUUGGAAAAUGGCACAGUUGGAGAUAGGAUACAACACAAUGGAUUAGAGACACACACACAAGAAACUUUGAGCAGUUAUGGUGAAUCAUAUUUAAAUGACACACUGUCACAAACUAAGGGCUCAUCACGUUUAUCUCAGGACACCAAUGCCGCCGCAUACACGCUGCGUUCCAGCAGAUCGGCUGUGGAGCAUACGCCGGUUGAAACACUUAAAUCUGAAUGUACUGCCGCUAAAGAACUGUCUACAUGCUCAAUUGAAAUUAUUUCUAGUGAUGAUGACAGUGACAUCAUUGAGGUGCCGAUAACCAAUUAUAAGUGCAAGACACCUCCAAACUGUCGCUCUCAAUUUAGGGAUGUUAAAGUUGAGAUAAAUCAUGGAAAUCAAAGGACUGCCUCCGCAAGACAAAAAGAUGCUUGUAAUCGUCAAAUGGGCUGCUCUCCCAAAAAUGUGAACAAUGAACCGGAUAGACCCAAAUUUAAAAUGGGAUCAGAAUCCAGAUCGCUGUUGUCAUGGAUGGAAUCGGUCAUGAUACCAAUCAUCCCGCAGGAUAGCGAUCAAGACAUGGACUCAGCUUUUUCCAAACUCCUUCCAUCUACCUCGAAUGCAGAAAACACAAGCAUCUUGAAGUCCCCACCGAUUGGCUCAUCGUCCUCAACAUCCAGACAACCAAGGAAGUCCUCUGCCUCAAAAAGCAGAAAAAGAUCCAAACCAAGGCCCAAACAAAAGAAACCACGCAAGCGGUUGAGAGUUUCAUCAGCCACGAACACACCCAAAAAAACACGCAGAAAACCUUGCUCAUCUCGACCUACAUCAAUGUUUUCUCCUCAAGAGCCAGAGAUCAAACUUAAAUAUGUGAACCACAAAGAGGACAAGAGAGAUGCCAAAGUGGAUGGCUUUGCCCCCUACAUUCACAUGGAAUUCUCAUCCUGCACAGUUGUCAAUUUUAGAAAAGAGGAUGAUUUUGCAACAAAGAAGGAACAGCAGCAGGCAGUUUCUGGGGUUAUUCCAAGUACUUCUUGUUUGCAACUGGGGCGCGUUAGCUCGGAUGACAGAUUUCAGGUCAGGCAUUUUUGCUGCCUGUGCGGGAGGGCUGCCAAUGAGGAAGGUCUUGGGGAUUUACAUGGACCUUAUCACCCCAGUGGAGUUCAGCCCAUCUGUAAGGACAACACCAGCCCAUUUGGUCGGAGACGAGACCCAGAGUACAGUGACAUAGACUCUGUCUACAGUUUAGAGGAUGGUGUACCUCAGUUAAUCAAACAGACAGGUCAUUUGUUAGUUUCACCUAAACGGCAAAAGAAAGAGAACUCUGUAGAGAAGGUUGAAGAUUCUGGUGCUUAUAGUGGACGCUGGAUACAUGAGGACUGUAGUAUUUGGACUUCAGCUGUCUUUUUGGUUAAAGGAAAACUCUAUGGAUUAGAGGAAGCCAUCCGGCUUGCGCAAGGAAUGGUGUGUUCACACUGUCACAGAGCUGGUGCCACACUGGGAUGUUUCUUCAAAGAUUGCCCAAAUAAGUACCACUUUCCCUGCACCCUGAAGUCAGACGGUGCCCUGUGUGAGGAAAACUUCACAAUAAGAUGCCCUAAGCACAAGAAUAAAUCCUCCAGAUUAAGUGUCAGCAGGCUGAAGAACAGAUGAUGUGAUGUUUGAAGGCAGACUUAUUUGUUUAUCUGGCUGUGGACCUGACUGCAUUUUUUCCAUUUUAUUUGUUUACAUUUACAGGGGCAUAUGAAUUUUCAGGACUGGAUGUUCUGCGUCUGCUGUAAACAGCCACUGCCUGUUUGUCGGGUCAAGUGGUAACCUCAGACAAUGCUGGAUAAGGGUUUUAAUACAUUCCUUUUGCUUUUAGACACUCUAGUCUAGUCCCACUUUUAUUCAAACACUUGAGAUGAACUUUACACAAGGCCAAAUAUCUAUUUAAUGUACUUCAUGCAGGAAGAUGUAGAGUGUGAAUGAAUUUAACUAAUCAACAUUAGAGUUCAUAAUGAAAGCAUUACUUGAUUUAACAUUAAAAACACAGAAAAGUGCUGUUUCUCUCUCAAAAUAUGAAUACCAGUGUCUCAUUUCUAAUUAAAUAUUUAACAUGAACUCUUAUUGAAGGAGUGAUGUCAUCAUGACAUAAAACUGAAGUGCUGAAAAGGAUGGGUCUUCUAACAUGGUACCAUAUGCACUAUUAUGUGAACAUAUUUAUUUAUUUUUAUUUAUGUUUAAUGCAUAUGUGUAUAUUUAUUUCAGACCAAGUGUGUUUUGACUGUAGUUAAGUAACGAUAUUUGGAUGUUGGUUUGUUAAUAUGGAUCUGGUUUCAUUUUUAAUUUCAAUUUGUUGCCUGAGAAUCAAGGCGACACCUUGUGUGAACUGUGCAUUUCACUCGAUGCCUUGUGAUCUUGUCUUUUUCUGUUUUAAUAAACUUUUUUACUCUGCAUUCCUAUCA